GAAACAGAGAGAGAGAGAGAGAGAGAGAGAGAGAGAGACAGUGAAGUGUAGGUACCGUUGUUGAAGAAGAGAUUGAAGAUGCCGAAGAACGAAAUGAAAGCAAAAUCGACGAGGAAUCCACUGAGGGACGUCUCUAAUGGCUUAACUUUCUCGAAAUCUGUGAAGAAGAAAGCCCCUGUGAACGAAGAUCGAGUCGAAAACGACGCCAUCGAUCGCCUCCUUCUCGUCCAUUCCGAUCUCUCCUCUCUCAUUCACCAGAUUGAUGAACUUGUUGUGCAAGCAUUCAACGUUAAAGUACCAAGCAAAAAGGGGAGAAAGGAAAUUGAAUCUUUCACGCAAGUCUUGUCGGAAAUCUCAUCUUCUUUGAAGCCAUGGGCUCCUAGAUUCAAGAAAGCACUCUCCAGUGACUCUAUUGGUUCUGAGAAUCAGUUGGGACAGUCUUUGGUGAGUAGAACUGUUCCUCCUGUAAAUGAAGAUACAAGCAAUGUAAUUCAGAGUCCAGAACAAACCAAACUUGACUUUCUGGUCUCUCCUUCGCCACUAGUGUCUUGGCGUGCUGAAUGUACUACUGAGUGUGGUAGACAGCUAUUUCUGCUCACACCUCUGCCAAGACCAAAAGCAUUUUCAUCCAAACUUAAAGACUCAUCUAAAUCGGUAAUUGGAAAGAUAACAUCUAAUACUGUUGGUUUUUCUAUUUCUGGGGUUACAAAUGAUGAUCUGCUUGAAGAUGUAGCAAUAAAGCCAGCCCCAAGUAAAGUUUCCAAUUCUGUUGUGACUAAAAGGGAAAGCACUCUGGAACCUGGGUUUAAUUCUCCGCCGAAGUUCUCAGAAAUGGACCGCUCUGUGCUUGUUAUGACUCCACGCCUGAAAAUGUCACCACCCAAGUCUUGUGUACUGCUCGAACCUAUUUCUGAGAUAUCUUACAAAGAUAAUCAUGGGGUCCGAAAAUCAACCCCAUUUCCUGUUGGAAUUCCAGAUUUUAGUGAGUCAGAAGUGUCUGAAUCCUCCAGCAGUGAAGCUUCUGAGAAUUUGACUUUGAAAUAUCCAGAACUAUUUGGGAUACAGCCAUCUCAUAAACUGGGAAAUGGAAGGAAGGGAGGAGUAGAAGCAUCACCGGAUUGGUUUAUGUCACCUCCUAAAACUUGCGUUUUGAUGGAACCGCCUGAUGAGAAAUCAUUGACUAAUGCUACUAGCAAUUAUCAGUUGCCAAGGACUGCUUGUGUAGUGAAAGGAAAUGAUGUUCAAAGUGAUAAUUAUUUAACCGGGAAAUCUUGUAAUCAAGAACCUGGUGGCGUCUCAGCUCUAAUUGAAAGCACUCCCAUGUGGAAGGAGCCUGAAAGCACUUUUCGAACAGGGAAGCAUCCUGGAGAGAACACUUUAAAGAAGGAGUUGUGGACGAGGUUUGAAGCAGCAACUAGCAAUGGGAUACGAAGCAAAGUCUCUGUUAUUCAAGAGACUGCUCUCAAAGGAUUUCUUGACAGAUUGGAAGAGGUUUCUUGUGAUGAGACAACUCCAUUACCUGAGAGUUUGUGAUGAUAAACAUGAUGUUGUGGGCAAAAUUUUGAACUCUACGUGGUGUGUUGUUGGCUUGAGGGAGGCUUUGGAGAUUUUGUUGUACUUCAUCGACUAUGAAGGUUACAAUUUGCAACCGAUAAAGAAAAUGGAAAAAUAAGAGGAAUUAACUUUUGUGUGUCACUCUCUCUCUCUCUCUCUGUUUUGUAUAGAUAGGUGCAAGAAAGGCUGCAGAACUUCAACAGUGUUCCUAUGUUUCUUCUGAGGAUUAUAUGAACUUAUUUUUCAACAAAGUUUUUGGGCAUGAAACAAAUAUUAUAAACCUUUUCA